CCUCUGUCCUCUCAAAUGGUCCCUCAUGUUAUUGGUGGAUCGAAAGGAACAGAAGAACUAAGGACCUAUGCUCGUGAGUAUGUAGAGCAUUUCCGGUUGCAGGGUGAAGACGACAGUCACGUAAAGAUGUCGCCUGCCGGUACAACGACCAACAGCAAGAAGGUCCAACAAGAAGAAGCUGGUGGCGCUUUUGUGUCAAGGGCUGAGUUGAAAAGUUUGGUAUGUGGUGCUAUCAAUACUCAGAUGCAGAAGCAAAACGCGAAAGCUUUGCUUUCCGGUGGUAACCCUUGGCAGGUACGUAAGCCCUUUGAAAAGAAGAAAGGCAAAGGCAAAGGUAAAGGAAAGCACGGCAAAGACAACAACACAUCCGCCGGAGGAUGGGUAGAACCAGCACAGCGACCUUGUCACUUGUGUGGCAAGAAGGGGCACAUGCGCGCAGCAUGUCCUCAGGCGGGAGGAAAGAAGUGAGCAACUUCUUUCCUGGUAGAACAAGA